UCAAAGCAGAAAUCCCCAGUGUUCUUGCAGAGCUUUGACAAAAGUUUUAGUGCAAACCUUAUGCAAAUAUUUUAUAUUCUUUUGCCCUUUUCAGCUGUCUUUUGUGACAUACAGUAUGCAGUGAGGGGUGAUACUGCUAGUCAGGGGUCCCAAAGUGGUGGGCUGUUUAGUCCACACAACAUUGUUCCCACAGACAGAAUAAAAUACUUUAUUUAGCAGAUGGGAGCUUAAACUUAAAGCUUACAAAUACUAACCUCAAGUAGCAUUUGGGUUUAUUGAAUGUGGGACCAGUGGUUCUCAGAGGACGUGCUGUGAGACAAUGAGAACGUUCGGAGGACACCUGUGUGUUUGAGGCUGAUGAAACAGCAGUUUAGAUCACCACAGGGAGCACACCAAUGUACCUGUGCAAGCUCUCACCGACAUUUUCAUGUAUUGCUAAGCCACCCGGCAAAUCCACACAACCAUUAGACUUCAUGCACAUAGCCCACACCUCUAGACACUAUACAUGUCAUGAUCCUUGGUUGUUCUGUUUAUGAAGUUUUGGACUUUUAAUUAAAAAAAAAAAAAAAAUCAAAUUCUUGGUUUGCUUAUAGUGUUUAUAUUUACUUUAUAUAUUUUUCCUUACUGUAUUUACUUCUUGGUUCUCGGUUGCACAAGAGUUUUAUUCAUCCUGGUCAAUCAUCUUGUGUCAGUUCUCCUGUAUUAAAUUCAUUUGUGUAUCUGGGUUUCUUUUGUUUAAUUGUUAUUUAAUCAACAAAAAAAUAUCAGAUGAGAUUAGAAAUUCUCUUUUACAAGGAUGUCCUGGCCAAGAUGAGAAGCAGCACAGUGUGCAAAGUACAAAGCAAGCCAAUUUAUAUACCAGUGCAACAAUGUAUAAAAUUAUUGACAUUUACCAAAAAAUAUGAAACAAUAAAAUACAUAAAAUUCAUUACAACAUUUAAAACGAUUUCAAAGUCCACCCAUUUCAAUUUUAGAGGUACAUUUGGUGACUAAAACCUCUCCCAGUUUUUGUUUGAAACUAGAUAAAUGGAUAAAAGAUUCCAAUCUCAACUUGAGCCGCAGAUCAUUCCAAGACCACGGGCUGAAAUAAGACAGAAUUAAAUUUCCUGACCCUGUGCUCACACAGGGGCACUUUAAACGACAACCAACUACUGGCUCUGAGAUUGUAGGUGUUCUCCAAGGCAAUGAAGCUGGUGUAGUUUAGUUAUCGCUUCUCACUUUCUGCUUUAUUUUGAUAGUUAAUUGUCCCUUGUGCUUCGUGAUUUAGUUUUGCUUUGCCUUCUCACAUCCUCCAUGAUUUAGUCUUCUGGUCCCAGUCUGUGCAAAUUCCCUGCUGACUCGGCCUCAGGAUGGCUAGAGGCAAGAAUCAAGCGCACCCAAAUGAGCGCAUCAUUGAUCAUGUGCACAUCACGCAGAGGGAGAGUGGGAGUGAGAGACGAAAAGCGCAGCGACAGAGCAUGGCAGUUGUAACGCAGUUUGUGUGAUUCCGUGUGCGUUAAUGAAACUAAAACCAUGCUUAUAGUCACCAAUACUGCAUCUGCCACAAUUAUAAGUGCAUAUCUGGCUGUACCACAGUUGGAUUUAUCAUGGCAAGCCCUGCUGUAACCAGUUCUUCUGUGAAGUUUCAUUAAAGACAGUGAACUAAAAACUCCUGGACUGCUGCAGUCUUUCUGACCGAAGACUUAGGCCAGACUCGUAUACACCGCCCUUCCCGUAUAUAUAUUCUACAAGUGGUCCUUCGAGCCGGAUGGUAUACCAGCUGCACUAUGGCUACACCCAGAGAGUUUAACGACGACCAGCCUGCACUGAGUCCCCGUCCCAGCAGGGUGCGACGCAUUCCAGGACAUCUGGAGGACUUCGAACUCACCUACCCAGCUCACCGUCUUUAUAGUACCACAGUAAGACCAGCAUCACCACUCAGCCCUGGCAGUUCCCCUAACUACCCUGCAGCUGGUCAUUAUGGUACGGCAAGUCCAGAGGAAAGAUGGCAGCGGCUGGAAGCACGUUGGCAAACGAUAAGCCAGCAGAUGAAAGAACUUGAAGUGGAAAUGGACAGGGUCAGAUUGCCUUCGUAUCCACUGAGUGCCCAUCUGCCUUAUCCUUCAUACCACUAUGCAGCAUUUCAGCCACAUUACAGUAGCCUCCCCCAUCUAGAACUGGGUUACCCUGUUCGGCCUCCCAGUCCAAGAGCUGCACCUAACAUUCAGCACCAGGUUCUGCACGCUCCAACACAAGCCCCUGCUCCUCAAGUGCAGGUUGACACUGCUGCAUCAGACCCACGACCUGCUUCAGAAGUCAUGCCUGUACCGGCCCCCGCAUCCACAGCUCCUACAGCCUGCUCGCCGCCGUUGCCAACGCAGCCUGUACCCCCUGCUCUAACACAGCCUGCAUUGCCCUUCGCACCACCUCCUGCUUCUCUAAUGAUGCCUCAGCCAGUGUCCCCUAUCACACCGCAGCCAGAACCACACGUGCCUCAGCCAGUGUCCCCUACCACGCCUUUACAGCCUGAGCAUGUCCCGCCAGAGCAGCAGUAUGAUGCACUUCCCAGGGCCUGGCAGUCUGCUCCACUGCCAUAUCCACCUGUGCAUUAUCCUAGACCACCCCGUGGUCAGCCCUACUAUCCAACACCUCACCCAGUAGACAGCUCACAUCAGCCAAGUAUGAUGGAGAUGGCGAUUGCUUCAUCAUUUGGCAUUCCUAAACCCAAACUGACUGUAUUCAGCUCAGGGAAAGAGAGUGAUUUUCUUAUGCUCAAAAAGGGUCUGGACAGCUUACUUGGCCCACACAAGCAUUUAAGUGAAGACUAUAAGUAUCAGAUCCUGCUUGACCAUCUCACAUUCCCAUCUGCACUUCAAGUGGCAAAGAGGUAUGUCAACAGUCAGACCCCAUACACAAGUGCCAUGCAAGCGCUCACACAGAGGUACGGACAGCCAAGGCAGCUAGUGCAGGGAGAACUGAAGGCCAUUCUGAAUGCCCCUCCAGUCAGGGCCGGAGAUUAUCAAGCAUUUGAGGACUUUGCUACAGCAGUUGGAACUCUAGUGGGGAUGCUCAGUACAAUGGAGGGCCCCUCAUCGUCAGAGUUGAAGUGUGGGUCUCAUGUGGACACUCUACUCACCAAACUCCCCACUAAUUAUCGAGAUGCAUUUGCUGAACAUUGCUUUAACUGAGGAAUUAUCCAAAGUGGCAGUGACCGUACAUACACUCUCCCUGAUCUAGCUGAGUGGCUGGAAAGGAAGGCCCAGACUCUGCAAGUGUCUCGCCAAAUCACAAGCCCCUUCCCAGCUAUACCAGCACAUACUGAGUACAAGGACCGGAAAGCAGUGAGACAACAGAGGGUCAAACCUGCUACUAUUCUGCUUGGGAGUCAGCAGGGAUCGAAGCCCGCUAAUCCUUCUCCGAGCCCUGCCACUGUACCACACCUGAA